CGAAAACCGCCAGUAGUCAUGUAAGCGAUGGAGGAUGGCCAAGCGAUUUGGCGGAUUGACGUCCAGCUUAUGGCACAACCGCUAAUUUUUACGUAGGAUCUUCACUACCAUCGAAAUCUUCAAUGGCUGAGAAGUCAGACUGGGUCGAAAUUAUUGAGCCCCGCACAGGGGACCCAAUGUAUGCCAACCUCAAAAGUGGCCAGUGUUUAUGGGAACCUCCUGAUGGAGAACGAGUAAAGAAAGCAAAUGACAGCCAAUGGUGGGAGUUGUACGACCAGAAAACACGACGCUACUACUAUUACUGUGCUGGAACACAGACUACAGUUUGGCAUAAACCCAAAGAUUCUGAGAUAAUUCCACUUGCCAGGCUACAGACUCUGAAAGCAAGGGAAAAACGUAGGGCAGCUAAAGCUAAAGAAUUGGAAAGAAAGGAAGGAUCAACAAGGCGUGAAGGCUCAGAGAGAAGAAGGAGAGAUGGAAGUCUCAGGAAAGAGGGUAGCAGUAGCCAUGGUGAUGGUUCCUCAUCAAGGAGGGAAAGUAGUAGAAGAAAGGAUGGGGUGCCAAGGGAGGGAUCUUCCUCACGUCGGCAUGGAAGCAGUAGGGAGAAGAGAGAAAGAACAAGCUCAAGAGAGCAUAAGAAGAAUGAUGCAGAGGCUAGUGCAAAGGAUGAGGUUUUGGAUGACAAACAGUCAAAUACUGGAGAUGAAACCAUCCUGAAAGCCACCCCUGUUGCAAAUGGAACAGAUCAGGAGCCUGAUGAAGAUGAACCAACUGAACAAGCUGCUGAUGAAAGCUGCAAAGAGGCCAGUGAAGAAGAUUCAGGCGUUGCUGAAAAUGACUUGGAUAAACGGAAAUCACCCGAGCUUCCUCUACCAGAACUGGACAUGCCUGCUCCCAAUGUACCUUGUGGUGAUAGUGGAGAAAGUGGAAAGGGGACUAUUACAGAUGAUGAAGGGCAAUUAACUCCAUCAGGAACUUUGUCACGGCAUACACAUUUAGAUGACUCCUGUGAUGACCACCUGAGUCCCUCUGGAACUAUUGAGCGAGCACGGCAACUGGUGGAAAAUGCAUCCAGAAGCAUUCUAGCCAAUAGCGCUGCACAGAAGUUAGACAGAGACAAUGAUUCUGUAUUUGUUGAUAGCAGAAAGCCCAUUGUCUCUAAUAAAGGACACCAGGACAUUUUAGAUAAUUCUCUGAGCAUUAAACUCAGGGCAGGUGGAAUGCCAGCUACCACAGCGCGCCUUGUAGAGGCCUGUGCACCACCUACACUUAACGAGAGUCAGGUAAGUAUCCGUUCCCUCAGGCAUCAGAGGCAAGUGAGCGACAGUGUGCUGAAAGAUCUGAGAGAUGAUGACGACGAUGAUGAUGAUGAUGACGAGAUGGAAACAAAGUCAGUGGGGGCACCGAGUACUUUGCCGCGCCUUAGUCGACCAUCUUCGAUUGCCUCACCAGUCACCGGCUCGUCGAAACACAAUACCUUGGAACGUUCACAUUCCAUCCCCGGUUCGAAGCCUCCACUCAUACGAGCUCUUGGCGCAUAUGAAGAGUACUUAAGUCAACAUAAGAAAGGUGUCUUCAGACGGAAGAGAAUAUCGUUAGCCAGCAUGAUGUCUUGGUCAAAGGUGCCAAUCAAAAAACCAUUGAUCCUUAUACAAGAUAGGCAGUUAAAAAAGGACGCAAUUGAUACCUUUAAACUGAUUCUUGGCUAUAUGGGCGAUCGAUCCAUCAAAGGGAAAACUCCAGAGAGGCUGGCUCUAGAACUCACCACAAAGGAUUGGAACACUCCUGUAUUACGGGAUGAAAUUUACCUUCAACUUUGUAAACAGACCACUGACAACUUUAGGCUGGAGAGUUUGCGCAGUGGCUGGGAGCUGAUGGCAAUUUGUCUCGCUCUUUUUCCUCCUUCAACUAAGUUUUACUCCUACUUAGAUGGGUAUCUCAAUAAAAACUUGGAGGACAUCGAACGGAAAGAGGUCAGUCCUCGUAAAAAGAAAAAUAAUCGGUACGCUUCAGAGCUCAGUCACCAAAGUGAAAGCCCUUUUGUUUCUUCGUCAUCAUCUUCUUCCUCCGUGUUCCACCCAUCCAUGUUUGGUGCCACCCUUGAGGACAUCAUGGAGGCGCAGGCCGAGCAUUUCCCUUCACUUAAACUGCCAUGGAUUUUACCAACCUUGGCUGAGUCGGUGCUAGAGCACCAAGGUGCUUCAACGGAAGGUAUUUUCAGGGUUCCUGGAGACAUCGACGAAGUAAACUCCCAGAAAAUCAGGCUUGACAAAUGGGAGGCUCCCACUGGAAUUACAGAUCCCCAUGUACCUGCGUCACUUCUGAAACUUUGGUUCAGGGAGCUUCACGAACCUCUUAUACCGGAACUGUUUUAUGAAAGGUGCGUUAACAACUGUGAUGACGCUACAGUGGCUGUGGCACUUGCGAUGUCUCUUCCUGAAGUCAACAGACUCGUCCUCUCGUAUCUCAUUAGAUUUUUACAGAUUUUCUCACUCCCUCAUAUGUGCGUUAUAACAAAGAUGGACGUAAAUAACUUGGCCAUGGUUUGGGCGCCAAACUGCCUUCGUUGUCCCUCUGACGAUCCCAAGGAAAUUUUUGAAAAUACGCGAAAAGAGAUGACUUUUAUGAGAACUCUUAUUCGGCAUCUUGACGCAACUUUCAUGGAAGGAGUGCGUUAACACACAAAAACAACAGUUCGUAGUGCCAGUCCUUGACUGUGGGACACCGAGACCAAGAUCACACGUGACAACGAAAAGUCUGACAACUGAAUGAGCCUGCGGCUUUAUUUCGCAACGUUGCUAUGCAACGCAAGGUAUUGGAAUCCGACCUCGCGUCAGGGUGUUCAAUAGCGUCCGUCAAGAAGAAACGGAACUCCUCGAAUGCCCUUACUGAGCUUUACCAGAACUCAUGGCUCGAUUGUUCGACUUGUCAAACUGGUGCUCAGCAUUGAUACGAUUCGUCUGGCUGGGAAGUUUGCGCAUGAAAAUUUUGUUGACUCAAUUGAACUCAAAUUCAAAGGCAGAAAAGGUCAAAAUUUACCUAGGUCCGUUAGCUAAAAAAACACAACAGAAAACAAUAAAACAAAAAUGAAAAGAAAAUAAGAAGGAUCUACAGAACUGCAAACUAAAGAACACACA